AUCACGUUUUACUCGUGCUCUCGCGCACGGAAUCGUUCAAUUUUCGACAUUUCCACCGUGUCAUUCUCUAGUGUGAUUACAGUUUGUGCUGCUUAAAAAGACAGUGUUCCGUCCACUUCGCGUCGUUCAUUCGUUCGUUUGUCCGCACCACACCGCGUUUAUUUAUUCUUUUGAAAUUUUCAUUUUACUCUGGCUCUUUCCUGCUGCGUUAAAAGCAGAAAUAGACACUGUUUUCUUUUUAUAUCUGGGGAAUAAGAGAAAAAAGUUCAUUUUUUUCCUGUUUUGCCAGCCAUUUUAUUUAACAUUUCCGAUAUUUUUCGCUCUCGACAUCUAAACUCAUUUCGAGUGACGAACAUUGAAAAUUCGCUCUCUAUCGCACUCUCGCCGUAAUUUUUUCGUCGGUUUGGCCAUUUCAACAACUGAACUGAACCAGAAACAAAAAAACAAUAUGAAAACAGCCAGCAUUCUCGUUAUAACAACAGCGAUCACUAGUGCACUGUUCGCAUUAAUUUCAACAACAUUUGCUGCUGAACGAAACACUCUGGAGCGUCGUACCAAAUUUAUUAUUUAUGAUAAUAACAACACCGAGGUGAUGGUUUCCACAUCAAAAGACGACGUGCUGGAGGAUGCACUCGCUGAAUGUUGGCCAACCAAAAAAUACGCAAUGAUUGUGCAUGGUUGGAGGGAGAGUUGCAACACAUCGUGGUCCAAAGAGUUGCGAGAAAAGUUGAUAGCACACAGAGGCGGAUGCAUCAUAUGCAUGGAUUAUCGCGACUAUAACGAAGACUAUGGAUUUUUGUUGAUAAAUUUCAAGGCGAUUGCUCAAAUUUUGACCGAUAAAAUGAAAGUGCUGAGAGACUUGUCGUUCGAUUCAUCCGCCGCUUAUCUGUUUGGAUUUUCAUUUGGUGCACGUUUAAUUACAAAAGCUGCUACGGAUUUCGGUCCCAAACAAAUUGGAACCAUUCAUUUGUGUGAGCCAGCUGGUCCAGGUUUCGAUGGUUCGAAAAACGCAGAUCCCAGGCAGGCAGCAAUUAGUUCACAAUGUAUUCAUACGGCCUCUGGUGGUUACGGUACACGCGAACGAACUUGCGAUCAAAAUUGGCUUAUGGGCAAUUGCGGCGAAUCACAAAUCGGUCAAAGGCCAUUUCCGUUUGGUAAUCAUGGAUUAUGUCCUGUUUUUUACCUGUAUGCAUUCGACCAUGUAUUUGCUGCUGUGGACAAGAGUGACGCAUGCCGUCAACCGAUUAAUGAACGCGAUGCAAUUAAUUUACCACAUAACCGUACCAUUCGAAUGGGCUAUUUCCAACCGAAUGUCACCGAUCUAAACCAAGUGAACUUAUAUGCUAUCACCAGCCGUGAUCCUCCAUUUAAUUAAAGGUCAACUCGACAUUUGCAUGCAUUAAGCACGUGCGUACGAAAGAGAAAAAAAAUCCCUAUUACAUAAUAAAAUAUAUUUGGACAUGUGUAACAAUGGAAAUAAAUAUUUGGUUUAAUUUAGUGGUGUC